ACAGAGACAAGAGAGGACAGGAUCAGGGCAUUGUAUCCUCGGUACUCCCCAAGCAAAAGAACCUCAAAUCUCACAUCCUCCAUGGAGCUUGUCACGGUUCUCCUGUCCAUUGUUGUCAUCUUCUUCUUGGUCAAUGUUUUCAGCAAUCGAAAACAAGGGAAAUACAAAAAUUUCCCCCCUGGGCCAAAACCUUUGCCGAUCCUUGGAAAUAUCCUCAUGAUGGACAUGUGGAAACCCUAUAAAACAUUUGUGCAGCUAUCUAAGGAAUACGGCACAGUCUUCAGUGUCCAGAUGGGCAGGACAAAAUUUGUUAUCUUAUGUGGUUACGAAACCAUUAAAGAUGCUCUGAUCAACAACGCUGAAGUGUUCUCUGAUAGACCACAGAAUCCUUUAUUCACUAACUCAGUAAAGGACCAUGGUAUUGUUUUUUCCAAUGGCGAAAACUGGAAAGUGAUGAGAAGAUUUACUCUUUCAACCUUACGAGAUUAUGGAAUGGGCAAGAAAACCAUAGAAGACAAGAUUAUUGAGGAGGCUAAAUGUUUAGUACAGAAGUUGAAAUCAUAUGAAGGAAAACCCUUUGGCAAUUUCACCAGCAUAAAUGCUGCUGUAACCAAUAUAAUUGUGGCCAUAUUGCUAAAUAAAAGAUUUGACUAUGAAGAUCAGACCAUACUGAGGCUUAUUGGUUUAGUUAAUGAGAAUAUAAGACUCCUAGGAAGCCCAGGGGUCAGGCUGUACAACAGUUUUCCCACGCUCAUGAACUGGCUGCCAGGAGCUCACAAAACUAUUUUUAAAAACCUUAGAGAGUUUCACAGCUUUAUAAGAGCGACAUUUACAAAAUAUAAGAAGGAACUAGACGUGAAUGACCAGAGGAACCUCAUUGAUGCCUUCUUAGCAAAGCAGCAAGAGGGAAAGCAAGAAUACGCUCAAUAUUACCAUGAUGAGAACCUGACUGUGCUCGUGGGAGACCUGUUUGGUGCUGGAAUGGAGACCACUUCAACCACAUUGAGAUGGAGUCUUCUGCUAAUGAUAAAAUACCCAGACAUUCAAAAAAAAGUGCAAGAUGAAAUUAGUAAAGUGAUUGGAUCAGCACAACCUCAAAUGGAGCAUAGGAAACAAAUGCCAUAUACAGAUGCCGUCAUUCAUGAAAUUCAACGAUUUGGAGAUAUUGCACCAACUACUGUACCUCAUGCAGCUUCUCAAGAUGUUACAUUCAGGGGCUAUUUGAUUCCAAAGGGAACUAUUGUCCUCCCAGUACUGCAUUCUAUACACAAAGACAAAGAAUAUUUUGAGAAACCACAUGAGUUUUAUCCAGAGCACUUUCUUGAUUCAGAAGGAAAUUUCAAAAAGAGUGAGGUCUUCAUACCAUUUUCAAUAGGCAGAAGAAGUUGUGCUGGCGAGAUCUUAGCUAAAAUGGAGAUAUUCCUGUUUAUUACAUCACUUUUGCAACAUCUCACAUUCAAGGCCCCCCCGGGAGCUAAACUAGACCUUACACCUGCAUUGGGGUCUACAAAUUCCCCUAAACCUUUUGAAAUUUGUGUCAUACCUCGCAACUAGGAUGUGGAAAUUCAUUUUGUUUAUUGUUGUGCAUAGAGAUCACCGAAGUAUUGAAUCGGCUGCUUUGCUGAAUUUUACAAAAAAAUAUCUGCUUUGUGACGAAUUACUUUGUCACAAAGCACAUUUCUUUGUAAUUACUGGGUGCAAUGACAGGAAACGGUGAUUGCAUCCACCCUACGACCCCCCCCCUUCAUUGUACCCCUCAGAUGCCGGGUUCAUACAUGAUCUUGGCAUCUGAUAUAAAUAAGAGUGUCAAAUAAAAUAAAAAAAUAAUACUUACAUGCUCCUUUUACUAGUGACGGUAAUAAGCGGUAAUAAGUCAGAACAAGUGGACUUCUUGUAUUUUUCUUAUAGUUACCCAUCUGGCUUUUUUAAUUAUAACUUGUGCAAGACAUCUCCAAGCUUGAACAGCAGGUGCAACAUCUAUUUUUGGCCACUUACAAUGAUGUUCAACACCUCUUCCUAGGAAGUUUAAUGACACCUAAUAGCUUCAGGCAUGACAAUGCAAUCAACAUCAUACCACCAUGAGGUCCUUGAACUUGCAUUGAUUAUGUUAAACAAAUUAGGGCUUCUUCACAUCUGCACAGUAAGCUCCGUUCUGGGCAAAAAGACCAGACAAAAAUUCCUGAAUGCAGGACUUUUUUGUCUGGUAGAAAACAGUAUACAGAAUGGCACUUCUGUUAUUUUUGCUGCCCAGUUGCUCUGACUUAUUGACUUAUUACUACUGAUAUACAGUUCUUUCAUGGAAAUUGCUGUUUAUUUUCACUGUGUCAAGCAAUAAAAUUAAAAUCAUUAUAUCACUCAUAUAGACUGCAGUAGAGAAAGUGCAUGCUUGGCCUGCUGCUUUCUUCUUCUCCCGUUCUGUCAUUUUUAUCGAAAUGAUGGAUUUCACAAGACCCACUUACAGCACUCCCAAUGGGUAUGGUAUUGGUCCCAUGGGUGGGCCUUAGACCUAUUAGAUAUUUAUGACAUAUCCUACUGAAACACCGUAUAUGUUUAUGGUCUCGAUACUCUUUUAAUAUUUACCAAUAUAUUAUAUAAUUGCUGCUUUCAUAUAUAUUCUGACAUUAUUUUAUGCAUUGUGGAUAGUGGUAAGCAAAGUUUUCAAAAAUUUGAUUUGGUUGCUUCGCCCAACUUCAACUAGAAACUACUUUGUCACGAAUCACAUUCCAUUGUAUGUAGCAAUCGUGCCAUCCCCGUUAUUGAACCCCUCGGAUGCCACGUUCACAUUGAGGGCCUUUCAAGGGUUAAUCAGUGGUUAAAAAAAAGUAUAUAUUCACCUAAUCCAUUUGAUUGUGUAGAGGCCGUUGCAGCCAUCUUCACUGAAGAAAAAACACGCAAAGUAUCUCUUGUGCGCAAGAUUUGAAGCUUCAAGAUGGUCGUGACGGACUCUCCGCGAUCAAAUGGAUGGGUUUUUUUUUACCCACCAUUUCAGGAAAAAUUGAUAUUGCUACCACAAAGCACACGGAAAUUCAGCUUUGUGACAAAUCACAUUUUACCCUGAAAUUCGCAUAGAAUUUUUUUUUGUUAACUUAGAUUUACUCAACACUAAUUUUGAAUAAUAUAUUGUCUAAACCUACAGUACCUCAAAGUGUGAAUAAAAGUGUUCUGUGAUGUGUGGUACCUUAAUCCGCUUUCUUGAAAUUCUGCAGCCCUUGGCUUCCUUACCACUGCAGGCAUAGACAGACAGACACUUCAUUUUUAUACUAUGAUUAAUUCCAUAAAUAUGUCAAAUGGUUUUGCUUUGAAUG